AUGCCGGUGGAACAAGUACGGGUCGUCCAUGGGAAACUUGGCGUUCUCUUUGAUGUAUCUCGUUGUGAAGACGAUGGGGAGCUCGGUAUGUUGUCGAAGGAGCAUCAUCUGGUGUCCGACGUAUUUGAGACUGGGGACGUUGCCAUUGCUGCUGUUAUUUCUCUCCACCAACAGAUCAACCCUGGUCUCAACCGCGUCAGCCCCGACAGAGAGAAUAUCCAAAUUGGGCAACGCAGCACGCACAUCUGGGAACGUCGUCGAAAUGAAAUUCGUCCGAUUCUUCCUCCUUAG